GAUGCUGAGAAACGAACUCCUCUUCAUGUUGCAUCAUUCCUGGGAGAUGCAGACAUCAUUGAGCUUCUCAUUUUGUCAGGCGCCCGUGUUAAUGCCAAGGACAAUAUGUGGCUGACUCCUCUUCAUCGAGCAGUUGCUUCAAGAAGUGAAGAAGCAGUGCAAGUAUUGAUUAAGCACUCAGCCGAUGUCAAUGCUCGGGACAAGAACUGGCAGACGCCCCUGCACGUGGCUGCUGCAAACAAGGCAGUGAAGUGCGCGGAAGUCCUUAUCCCCAUGCUGAGCAGCGUCAACGUCUCUGACCGAGGAGGGCGGACGGCAUUGCACCAUGCAGCUCUGAAUGGCCACAUAGAGAUGGUGAACUUGCUCUUGGCCAAGGGGGCAAACAUCAAUGCUUUUGACAAGAAGGACAGAAGAGCUCUUCACUGGGCAGCGUACAUGGGUCACCUGGAAGUUGUUGCCUUACUGAUUAAUCAUGGUGCAGAGGUGACUUGUAAAGACAAGAAGGGUUACACCCCACUUCAUGCGGCUGCAUCCAAUGGGCAGAUUAACAUUGUGAAACACCUCCUUAACCUGGGGGUAGAGAUUGAUGAAAUGAACAUCUAUGGAAAUACUGCACUUCACAUUGCCUGUUACAAUGGUCAGGAUUCUGUUGUUAACGAGCUGAUUGACUAUGGUGCUAAUGUAAAUCAGCCUAAUAACAACGGAUUCACGCCCUUGCAUUUUGCUGCUGCCUCCACUCAUGGAGCACUGUGUCUUGAACUGCUAGUGAAUAAUGGGGCAGAUGUUAACAUUCAGAGUAAGGAUGGGAAGAGCCCGCUGCACAUGACAGCUGUCCAUGGGAGGUUCACACGGUCGCAGACCCUCAUUCAAAAUGGAGGGGAAAUCGACUGUGUUGAUAAGGACGGUAACACCCCUCUGCACGUGGCUGCAAGAUACGGACAUGAGCUUUUGAUUAACACCCUCAUAACCAGCGGAGCUGACACUGCCAAGUGUGGGAUCCACAACAUGUUCCCUUUACACUUGGCAGCACUGAAUGCUCACUCAGACUGCUGCAGGAAAUUGUUGUCAUCGGGCUUUGACAUAGACACUCCUGAUAGUUUUGGAAGAACGUGCCUCCACGCUGCCGCUGCAGGAGGUAAUGUUGAAUGUAUAAAACUCUUGCAAAGCAGUGGAGCAGAUUUUAAUAAGAAGGACAAAUGUGGGAGGACGCCUUUGCACUAUGCAGCUGCAAAUUGUCAUUUCCACUGUAUUGAGACACUGGUGGCAACAGGAGCCAAUAUUAAUGGAACAGAUGACUGGGGACGCACCCCUUUGCACUACGCUGCUGCUUCUGACAUGGACCGAAAAAAGAACAUUUUAGGUAACUCCCAUGAAAAUGCUGAAGAACUUGAAAGAGCAAGUGACAUGAAGGAAAAAGAAGCUGCAUUGUGUCUGGAGUUCCUUCUGCAGAACGAUGCCAAUCCAUCCAUCCAGGACAAAGAGGGGUACAACACUGUGCAUUAUGCUGCUGCAUACGGGCACCGGCAGUGUUUGGAACUGCUUCUGGAAAAAACCAACAACGUGUUUGAGGAGCCUGAUUCUGCAGCUACGAAAAGUCCUUUGCAUUUAGCUGCCUAUAAUGGUCAUCAUCAAGCCUUGGAGGUUCUUCUCCAGUCUCUGGUAGAUCUGGAUAUUAAGGAUGAGAAGGGACGCACUGCGUUGGACCUGGCUGCCUUUAAAGGACAUGCUGAGUGCGUGGAAGCUCUCAUCAGCCAGGGUGCUUCUGUCACUGUAAAAGACAAUGUCACCAAAAGGACCCCCCUCCAUGCUUCAGUCAUUAAUGGCCACACACCUUGUUUACGGCUGUUGCUCGAAGUUGCAGACAACCCUGAUGUGACAGACGCAAAAGGACAAACCCCACUAAUGCUCGCAGUGGCAUAUGGGCACAUUGAUGCUGUUUCUUUAUUACUUGAAAAAGAAGCAUCUGUAGAUGCAGCUGAUCUCCUGGGAUGCACAGCUCUACACCGAGGGAUUAUGACUGGGCAUGAGGAGUGUGUUCAGAUGCUGUUAGAGAAGGAAGUUUCCAUUUUAUGUAAGGAUGCCAGAGGCAGAACGCCCCUGCACUUCGCAGCAGCUCGGGGUCAUGCCACUUGGCUGAGCGAAUUACUGCAGAUAGCACUUUCAGAAGAAGACUGCAGUUUGAAAGAUAAUCAGGGUUAUACACCGCUGCACUGGGCUUGUUACAACGGUCAUGAAAGCUGCAUAGAGGUACUAUUGGAACAAAAAUUUUUCCGCACAUUCUAUGGUAAUAGCUUCUCUCCAUUGCACUGUGCCGUAAUCAAUGAUCAUGAAAACUGUGCAUCACUGCUCAUCGGAGCCAUCGAUGCCAGCAUUGUCAAUUGCAAAGAUGACAAAGGAAGAACACCCCUUCACGCAGCAGCCUUUGCGGAUCACGUGGAGUGCCUCCAGCUCCUCCUGAGUCACAGCGCACAAGUGAAUGCCGUGGAUCACGCAGGGAAAACACCUCUCAUGAUGGCAGCUCAAAACGGUCAUGUAGGUGCUGUAGACUUUUUGGUGAACAUUGCCAAGGCUGACCUGACGUUGAAAGAUAAAGAGUCGAAUACAUCUUUGCACUUGGCUAGCAGUAAAGGUCAUGAAAAAUGUGCCUUGUUAAUACUUGACAGGAUACAAGAACAGAGCCUUAUUAAUGCAAAAAAUAAUGCAUUGCAGACACCUCUCCAUAUUGCUGCACGGAACGGCUUAAAGAUGGUGGUUGAAGAGCUGCUAGCCAAAGGGGCAUGUGUCCUAGCAGUAGAUGAAAAUGUUUCUAGGUCAAAUGGACCACGACCCUCACCUGCAACAGAUGUACAAAAGGAAGAAUGAGACUUUGUAAACAAAAACAAAGCAAAACUAAACAAAAAGCUAUCAUAAACUAACCAGCUGUACCAAGAGGACCAAAAUACUUCAGUAAUUAAAUGGAAGACUUUGCUACUUUUAUUUUUUUCUUCAAAUGUGAGUGACAUAAUGAAGUAGCUUUUCUAAACCAUAAAAAUAUGAACUUUUGAGGUAACGAGUAGUCUUGAGUGAAUUUUAACAUUUUAUGACGCAGGUUUCCAGUUGACAUUUGUAACCGAUGAUGUGUUGACCACAGUUGGGUUUUUUCCAGACUAAAGAAUAUGUUCGUAUACUUUUAAUGUAAAUGUGUUUAUAUUUAUUUGAAAUGAAACAAAUGCCCAGGAAAAAUAACUACGGCUUUUUCUCCUA